UAGUAUGAAAAAGCAACACAUCGAGUCUAUUGGAAAAAAGGAUUUCAACAGUCAAUUAUUCCCUUAUCAGAACCUGAGAUCUGAAGCAGUUUCGUGAGAACGGAGUUGAUUCGAGGAUAUUGAAAAUGUCAGCAAUCGAACUGUUGGUGGAACUUAUUAAAGUGUCCGAGAAGGCAGCGAAUAUUGCCCGAGUGUGUCGCAAGGAUGAGCAUCUGUUCAGCUUGCUGGUGCAGGAAAAAGCUCCGGCGGAAUCCAAUGCGAGAUUUGAGCAAGAUUUCAAAACACUAGCGGAUUGUUUAAUCCAGGAAGCCAUCAAGCAUGACGUCGGGAAAAAGUUUCCAGCCCUUCGCGAGAACAUUCGUGGGGAAGAAAAUCCUAACUUCACUAAUUCAAUUGGCGAAUCAAUUACGGUGACUGUUACCGACGACAUGAAUGAGACCAUUGUGAGCCUCCAGAAGGUUUUGAAUGGUGAUGAAGUGGCAGCUCGUCGGCUGGCCGACGAAGUGUACCGAGAUAUUGUAGUUGACUUCGACAAAUGGCAAAUUCCUGAUGAAUCUGUUACGCUGGAUAAUGAUCUGACAGAGCUGGGCAUCUGGAUCGAUCCGAUUGACGCUACUGCCGAGUAUAUUCGGGCACAGGAAAGGGCUACAAAACAUCCCAACAUUGCGGCAUCGGGGCUAAAGUGUGUUACUGUUCUCAUUGGAGUUUAUGAAACUGUAAGUGGAAGUCCAAUCAUUGGUAUAGUGAACCAACCAUUCGCCAGUGGGGGUGAAGUUGAUAAUUACGAGAGUAAAAUAUUCUGGGGAAUCACCAUUGGUGAUUUGAAGUUCAACAACAUUAUGCCAUUUGAGAACACGGAAAGAAUUGCGAUACUAUCGCCGUCAGAACAAUCGAAAUAUGUAGAGUUUCUCAAGAAUCAACUAAAGUACGAUAUCGUUUAUUCGUCCGGGGCUGGACACAAAAUUCUAAAAGUAGCAACUGGCGAAGCGGAACUGUUUCUGCUAAGUAAAGGUACCACAUAUAAGUGGGACACCUGUGCCCCUCAGGCCAUUUUGCGUUCCUUGGACGGGGAGCUGUUCGAUUUGCAGGAUACGCUUAUCAAUAAAGCACUGAAGAAAAUAAAAUACGACAAGAAAAGCACCCGGAACACCGGAGGUUUGAUUGCGUAUCGCAAUAUUGACAAAUUCAAAGACUUCCUCAAAAUGUAAGAACCCGAAUGUGGUUGGAUAACGAAUUCGAAUUGAGAUCUCAUUGAUUUACAAAAAAAUCAUACAAUAUCGUGUAUUAAUGUAGCAGACUGUUGGUUGUUCUCGGUAUAAAACAUAGUAUUUAUUCGUACUGAAAAACAUGCAUUUCCCAAAUGAAAACAGAAAACAAUAUAGCUGUGUAGAAUGUAGAAUGAAUUGCAAUGAAAAUUAGAGACAAUGAUGUUACUUUUUUGCAACCUGAAGUAUUUACUGGAAUAGAGAUCAAUGUAUCGAUAUCCUAAUAAAAUUAAAGCUGUCGAACUAUUGAGAUAAACAUAUGGAUAAUGCUUGUUGAAAACAAAAAAAUAUAUACAUGUGAAUUCUAACAACAAGGAUAUAUAACGCAAUAGUAGAUUGUUAUGUGAUGCUAUUUUGAAGGUAUUUUUGAUUGGCAUUUAUUAAUGUAGAGGUUAUUUUUUGAUUCCCGUUCCCUGAACGAAGCAAACGAAAAAAUAUCUGUAAUUACAUCUGAAACUAGUCGUGAAACACGAGAAACUAUGUAUUAACAUAAACGAAUAUAAACAAAUAUCAAUUAGAAGAGCUUUAAUGUAUUUAGUGACAAAUGGUACACACGCCAAAAUAGUUGAUGUUCGCAUAUAUACUAUGAAACAAAAAAAAAAAACAAACAAGACACGUUCACUUUUGAAAUGUUGGGGUGAACGCUAUUUAUAGUUUAAAAAUAAACGAUGCACUAACCUGAGAACAUAAA